UUUAUUGUUAUAGAAAUCUGUAAAAUUUUUAUUGACACAUUGAAUUCAAAACAAAACUAUUAGAAUUUGGAACACUGGUUGAUUUGUUGAAAUUUAAAAGAUUUGCAUAAUAUUGGUGAACAGAAAUAUGGAACCAGAAAUUAUAGAUAUUUCAGCAGAAACUUCCAAAAGGAAAAAUGAUGACAUUCAAGGUGAUAAUGCAGUUCUCCAAAAAUUCACAACAACAUUUGAACAUGACAUUAUAAAAGAUGUAAUAAAAACCCAGUGCACAAACCCAAAGAACAAAAUAACAGAUGAAGCUGUUGAAUUAGUUUCUGAAAUAGCCAAAGCUCUUGUCGUUGAAGCAUCCCUCAGAGCUGCUAAGGUGGCUUCCAAUGAAAACAGGACACUGGUAACAUUGGAAGAUAUUGAAGGCACUCUUCCUCAACUGAUACUGGACUUUCCAUAAAAGAAAGGAUGAAGUACAAAACAACUCUUUAUUGAUGCAAAAAUGUAGAUAACAAAAAUUUAGCUAUAGGCUAAGUUCAUGAGUAGUCAUUCAUGGCAACACUCAGCACAUUUCUGCUACAUUUUGGAGACUGUUCAUUAUACAACAUCUAUACUACUACUUUCACAUGUCAAUGGACUAAGGAUAAUGGUGGAGUGUUGAUUUUUAUGUUGGUUGUAUAAUAUUCUGUCUAUUUUCAUUUACAUUAUGAAGAAUCAUAAUAUCUUACAGUUUGAAAAAUGUUACAUAAUACAAAAUUGUAAGAUGAAAUUAUUUUAGUUUUAUAUACAAUAAAAUUGUUCAAUUGGCACAUA